AUGGCCGAUCCCAAUGACCCUGCCAACCCUGGGCUCUUUCCACCGUCGCCAGAGCUCGUUCCUAUCAGACGGGAUGAAUAUUCGAAUUAUUACUUUCAUUACCAUGGACGACGUUUUCCUCGCUAUCUACUUGAACCCGCCCUACAAAACGCUUCCGAUGUACCACAACUCCCAAGUGUUCUACCUAUCGAUCACCAAGAAAUGACACGUCGUACAAUGCUGCACAAUUUGGUACAUCUUUGCCUCGAAUCUCACUAUUUCGGGCCAUUUCAAGCACAUCUUGACCCGCCUGAGGGGAAGGUGGUUGUUGACCUGGGAAGCGACGAUGGAAAAUGGAUCGAAGAUGUAGCGGAGACGCUCUCCCACAGUAUACAUUUACACGGAGUUGAGAUUUUCCCUUCGUCACCAACCGAAGCCGCAAACAACCACGUUCGGUUUGAAGUAUACGACUUCCAGCGCGACGGGAUCAGGAACGCUGAGGGAUCAGUAGACAUUAUUCACGCCCGUUUUCAGAAUUUUCAUAUAAAGGACUGGGCGAAACUCCUCCGAGAUGUCGCCAAGCGCUUGAAACCUGGAGGAUUGUUUAUGAGUGGGGAGCUCGACAUAUAUCUCGAAUUUCCUAAUGGGCAACCUCCAGAUGUGUAUGCGACCAAUCAGUUCUAUAGCCAAGUUCAAGGGAUCAUGCGUGAACGGGGUUAUAAUCCCAACAUUGGCGUUGAAUUAGAGGGAAUGUUGCGGACGAUCAGCGAUUCCGAUGGACCGCUCUUCACCAACAUUGGCUCAGAUGUACACAAAAUUCCAGUGGGUAUCGAUGCCGAUAACCCCAUUGCCGUAGUGCGCGAGAUUUCAGCCUUGUCGAUGGAUUGCAUGAUCAGCUUGGGCGAUUCUCUGCGGCCAUUUUUGUUGUCACAGGGCUCAGCAGCUAUCGAAAUAGACGGGCUUUUGGAUACCUACAAGCACCAACUACGUAGAAACCGCGCGCAGGUCAGCUACCGAUGCACAUGGGCAGAGCGACGUGCCUAA